UGGGUGCUGGGAGACUGGCCUCUCUCUAGCUCUUGCCAUAUGACUGACAUUCACUGGCAGCACAGACUCAGCCUUUGCAACAAAAGUGCAGGAAGGGAACCCACAACAAGGACAGCCAUGGACAACAAGUAUGAUGUGAUUGUCAUCGGUGGAGGCAUUUCAGGUCUCACAGCUGCUAAGUUACUUGUUGAGUCUGGACUAAAUGUUGUUGUGUUGGAAGCUCGUGACAGGGUUGGUGGAAGGACCCACACAAUAAGGAAAAAAGAAGUUCAGUAUGUGGAUGUUGGUGGUGCAUAUGUUGGGCCAACACAGAAUCGUAUACUACGAGUAGCCAAGGAGCUGGGAAUUAAGACAUAUAAAGUGAACAUAUCUCAGCGCUUCAUCCACCAUGUUAAGGGAAAGACCAAUGCAUUUCAUGGAUCGUUUCCACCUGAUUGGAAUCCCUUUGUUCUUCUUGAUUAUAAUCAUUUAUGGCGAACUAUUGAUGAAUGGGGAAAAGAGAUUCCUGAAGAUGCUCCAUGGAAGGCUCCUCAUGCUGCAGAGUGGGACAAAAUGACAAUGAAGGAAUUUAUAGACAAAGUGUGCUGGACAAAGAAAGCUAAGAGGUUUGCUCAACUUUUUGUGAAUGUGAAUGUCACUUCGGAAACCCAACAGGUGUCUUUACUGUGGUUCCUGUGGUGUAUAAAGCUUUGUGGUGGUACAUCAAGAAUGUUUUCUGUAACUAAUGGCGGUCAGGAGAGGAAAUUUGUUGGUGGUGCUGGCCAGAUAAGUGAGAAAUUAAUGGAACAUUUACAAGGUCGGGUAAAGUUACAGAGCCCUGUGGUCAGACUUGAUCAGUCGGGUGAUACUGUUAUAGUAGAAACCCUAACACAUGAUUUAUAUCAGGCCAAGUAUCUUAUCAGUGCUAUACCACCAGGCCUUACUACAAAGAUUCAUUUUAAUCCAAAGCUCCCACCAACAAGGAACCAGUUAAUUCAACGCCUUCCAAUGGGUUCUGUGAUAAAAUGCAUGAUGUACUACAAAGAAGCAUUUUGGAGGAAAAUGGAUUAUUGCGGAGCUAUGUAUAUUGACAGUGAAAACGCACCAGUUGAGAUCACAUUAGAUGACACCAAACCAGAUGGUACAUUUCCAGCUAUUAUGGGUUUUAUUCUGGCCUGAAAAGCAACGGCACUAGCACAUCUCAGCAAGGAAGAGAGAAAGAGGCGUAUAUGUGAAUACUAUGCUAAAGCCCUGGGUACAGAAGAAGCACUGCACCCAGUGCACUAUGAAGAGAAAAACUGGUGUGAGGAGCAAUAUUCUGGUGGCUGCUAUACGGCUUAUUUCCCACCAGGCAUCAUGACUCAAUAUGGAAGUGCUAUUAGGCAGCCUGUUGGGAGGAUUUACUUUGCUGGCACAGAAACAGCUACACAGUGGAGUGGAUAUAUGGAAGGUGCUGUUCAAGCUGGGGAAAGAGCUGCUAGAGAGGUAUUAUGCAUAAUGGGCCGCAUUUCAAAGGAAGAGAUAUGGAUGCCUGAGCCAGAAUCUGAGGAUGUACCGGCACUGCCUUUUCCUACUACAUUUUUGGAAAGAAACCUGCCUUCUGCCCAAGGAUUUGCACGAUUCCUCUGCUAUUCCACAUUUUUAGCUUCAGCUACAGCUCUUGGGUUCUUUGCAUACAAGAAGGGUUUUGUUGUCCGAGUGUGAUCUACAGGCUGCAUAACUUGUUUAAUGCUGGAUAUUUGUACCCUACCAACUACAUACUCAUGUUGUUCAUGUCUGACUCAUGUAAUUUGUAUUGACUUAAUCGUGUUGUGGCUCUUUAUUAAGGGUUGUGCAGUAUACAACUGCCAUGACUCCCAGAACUUUGUUGGUAGGUUACACUGAGCCUGAUUAGGCAUACUUUGGUAACCUAUUUGUAAUAAAGCAGGUAAAAGCCAGUUAAAGAGCCAUUCUUGUCUCAGUCUUUUUAUGAAGCACUGUAGGAUAGGAUAGACCAGCAGGACCAUAUACUGUAACACUCCUUUUUACCUCCUAAUAUUGCUCACUCCCAUCAUUGCUCAAAUUGUUUUGACUUCUUUUAGAUUGCCAGUUCUACCAAUGAAGUUGUUAGUGCAGAGUUUAAUUUAAUAAUAAUAAAUAAUGAAUGCUAAUGAGAACUUAAAAUGUAAUGAAUAUUUGGGUAAAGGUUUAUAAUGGGGUUAGGUAAAAUAAGGCACUAAAAUUAGCCCAGGUGCAGUAACCUAUAGCAACCAAUCAGCAGGUAUAUUCACAUUUUUAAAAACAUAUAUCUUAUUGGUUGCUAUGGGUUACUGUUUCUGGGCAAACAUUUAGUGCUUUUUAUUGUUAAUUUGUUUGGAACUGGCACACAUUUGCAACAUUACUUUAUUAGCCCAACCAAGCAUUAUGCAGUUAAUCUAAAAGCACUUGCUACUGGACAACAUGAAAUCACACCAGGCUAUUACAUCAGCAGUUAUUCUAUAAUCACAGGGGUAGAUUGUAGUAAUGAUGAGAGGGGACAAGGAUCUACAAUGGUAUCCUGUGUGUUUUUUUUAUAUUAAACCAAUCUGCAGGGGAGAUUUAGACAUCUUCCCCGCAGCCACUGCUGGGCUGAUUAAUUUCCCGUGUGAUUGGUGACCAUUGCCCAUUUAUCAGCCUCUGUCAAGAUGUAGUCAUUCUAGCUAUGUCCCUAGGAAAUACUUGGCCUAGAAUUUGAAAAAGCACACAGAAGAACGGAAAUAUAUUUCUAGUCAAUGGCACUUUCGAACCCCUUAAAGCAUCUCUUUAUUAAAGUAUAAAAGAAAAAUAAAACAUUUUACAUAAUGCAAACCUUUCUUUUUAUCUCCAGAUGGGAUUAUUUCAGUCAGAUAUUUAUCAGCGAUGUCAGGUAAUAUUUCUGUCCCGCAUUCAGUGUAGAACAAAACAGAAUUAGAGAAAGGAGGGCUUUUUGUCUAGAUUCUGUUUCUGUCAAAAAGCAUCAGUUUUGAUAAAAUGAAUGACUUGGUCCUCUA